GCUUGGCACGACGGAAACGCGACCGUGUACGGCGUUAAUUCCGAUCGAAAGUGCGCACGAUUCUUUUCGCGCCGUUUUCCGUCUCGUCGAAUUCAAAUCGCGGCGUUUCCAUUUUGCCGUCGUUGACGUGAACUGCCGCCGUUUGGUGCCGCGCUCAAACUAUUCUUCCCGUCGUUAUGCGGCCGCAGCAUACACCGGCACUAUAGUUGGUGACACUGUAAUUCCGUAGUUGUGAUUCGCGUGCGUGAGUGUGCGACGUAAAUAUUUGUUGUGUUUACAUGUUAUUAUUAUUUUCGUGUCGAAACGGAAUACGAAAUUAAUUGUUAUGGACCGUUCGCCGCGUACGGGUUUUUGCCGUCCGUAAAACGAAAACUUAAAAACGAAUUCAAAAAUAUACAAUAAGAAAAAAAAAAAAAUCGUACGUACGCGUUUAUCGUUGUUAAUUUUUUAUGAUCACUGUUGCACUUGCCGCCGCCGCCGCCCGCCGUUCGCUGACCGUUGCCGAGACAUUCACCAGGAAGAGUACGUCCGUCGCCGUCCACUUUGUGGACUUAUUCGCGUUUGUGAUUGUGUUGGCCGCCGUUAAACGUUGGCCGUAACCGUCAUCGCCGCUACCGCGAGUGCCCGUCGCCGUCGCGUGUGUCCUCCACCGCCGUCGGUAGUGUUCGAAUUUUUUUCCGGUUACGUUGCACCAAAACUACAAUCACCAACAAUGAGCGACCGAGUGUAUGCCGCCGAAAAGCUCAUGAAAAGACGAAUUCGAAAGGUUAGUUAACUGUCCGUGGCUAUCGUGUGGGACUGUAGGGGCAGUACGGGUGUUUGUAAUGAUAACGAGUUGCGCGCCCUUUUCCCCCGUUUUUGAACUUUUCGCCGGUUUUCGCGCCCAUGCGGCGCGAUGUUUACCGCCUCCGGUUAACUUUUUCCAAUACUGUUUCCGGUGAAAAAUAUUAUCACGUCGCUACACUACAUUCGUACACUUAUGCUUCCUCAGCCCCUUCGGUGAUCAAUACGAAAAGUUUUCGGUUUUCCCUUGGAAUAUUUUCGCGUCUGGAUUGGCGACCGAACUCUCGUUAGAUAAGUUUCAAUCAAUAGAUAAUACAGUUGUCUGGUAUGUUGUGUUCAGACGAUUCUUAUUACCAUUCACAACACGUCCUGGGCACUAGUCUCACAAAAUAAUAACGAAUUUCUUGAUGCUAGACCAACUGACCUCUUAGUAAGUAUCUAAAGUUAGUGAUUGUUAGACUCUUCCCCGAGUCUGUGUACUUAGUGCACUUAAUUUUUAAAUCUGGUGACCAGUCUUGUCUUCAAUUAUAGGCCUAUUAUUAGUCGUGUUUAGUAGCUAUAAGAAGCUUUACCUAUUUAUUCAUUCUAUUGAUUUUUCCAUAAAGUUUUUUCUAUUUGUUAUUCAACACAGAUUUUGGCUUUGGUAUUAACUAUGCCUAGGUUCUUGCAUUCAAAUACUUGUAAGUCAUGUAUCAGACAUUUUUAAUAGAUAGGUAUUUCCUGGUAGGUGAGAUUUACCUACUAUAUAGAUUUCAAUUAAAGUUCUGAUUGUGUUGGUCCCAUAAAUCUCAAUCUCGAUCUCAAUGCAUUUCCUUUGAAAAAAUUACCAAAAGCUUUAGGAUAUCUAUUCUUCUUAAAUGGUUGUUCACAUCCCAUCCGUAAAAAUCCGUUUUUUAUUGUUCGUUUUAGUUUUGGUGCUCAAAAUUAUUUUUUAAUUGAUUACUUAACAAAUUUUUGCUAUUCCAGAAGAUAGGUACAUUGUUCCAAUGAAAUAUGUUUUACUAAACAAUACUAAUUAUUAAGUACCACCAAUUGUAUAAAAAUUCCAUUUAGGUACUUAAUUAUUUUACAGAAAAUUUAAGUUUAAAUUUGUUUUCCUUGUAGGUAUGCCUAUGUCAAUGAUCUUGGUCAAUUAACUUUUGAUCAUAUUAUAUUUUUUUUGGGCAGUUCUAUUCUAAAGCUUCUUGAGAUGGUUGGUAGCUUUGCAAAAUGCUUAUUUUGAUUUUGAAUUUUUUUUUUUUUAAUGAUUAAGUCUUUGUACACCUAGAGAGUUACAUUUUUCAAAUAUGUUGCAUGCAUUUAAAUUUUAUGUACCUAAAAACAAACAAUUAUUUCUUCACUUUUACAUUUAGGUAAAAAUUAUGCCGAAUUAUCAAUAAAUAACCUAUAAUUAGUUACCUAAGUGUUUUGAAUAAACAAGUAGACAAUUAUAGUAAUGAAUCCAAGUUGUGGUAUUAAUUUACAUAACCAUUUUUCCUAGUCUACAGUUAACUAUGAAUUUUAAUAAAUCUGUUUUUCAUAUCAGAAAUAUUAAUAUUUAGUUUAUAACAUUUAAAUACUUGUUUAAAUACAAAAUAAAGUAUGUAUGUACCUAUUAUUUUAAUUCAUAGGAAAUUAAUUAUAUCAAAUGUUGCGUGAAAUCGGAUUUUACUUUCUUUUUGUCAUUAAAGUUUUAGUUAUCUCUAACUAUAGGUACUAUCGUCUAUUAAACUAUAGUAACAUAGGUAGGUAUAAUAUUUUAUUGUUAAUUUGUAUAGGUACUAAUAAUUAUACAUGUUUCAGGGCCGAGUUGAAUAUCACGUAAAAUGGAAAAAUUGGGGACCUAAGUAAGACUAAUACAUUUAAUUUUAUAAUUGGUUAAUAUCUGUAAUACUUACUGAUAUUGGUUUUAAAAAUGUUUAGGCACAAUACUUGGGAACCAGAAGAAAACAUUAUUGAUACAAGACUUAUUGAUAUUUUUGAAGAAAGGUACCUAUUUAACUAAAUUAAAAUGUUUGCUUUUUAAUUACUUAUUAAUUUUUUAAAAAUUACAAUAUUUAUUAUUAUCAACUAUAUUUUAUACUUAUUAUAUAUGUAUUUAAUUUUAGUCAAACUCGUACAGAUAGCAAUUCCCACAAAAGAGGUCCUAAAAGAAAAACUCAAAGUGUAAGUUCUUUUACAUACAAGUUCAGCUUGCAGUUCUUUAAAUGCAAGCUUUACAAUAAUAUUUAAAAAAAUAUUAAUAUAUUAACUCAUUUUACAAUGAAAAAUUCUAGACACACGUUAAAACACCGACAACAGAACCUAUUCGAAGUGAUUACGAAGAUGAAAUGGCUGAUGGUGAUCAACCUGAUUAUAAUAGCCAGGACGAAGCAGAAGUAUUACCGGAGUCUACUAAUGGUGCACCUUUAUUACCCAGGCAUGACGAUGAAAUUGAAGAAGAUAAACCAAGUAAGUUUCAAAUUAUUUUACUAUUUACAUUAAUCAACUGAACAAACAUUUUACCCUUCUACAGGUUAUUAUCCAUAGACAAUAUUGAUGUUUGAACUAAUUGCCAUAUAAAAUCAAAUCCUCAAAAAAAAAAAAACUAAUAUAUUCUUACAUCCCUUCUAUAGUUUAAAUAAAAUAUUAUAAAACUAGGAUUUUUAUGUAGAUUUAUAAUACAUUUUCCUGAUAUAAAUGAAACCAGAGAUAGAGUAGAUAAUGUUUUAUCAUUUUUGUUUAGUAUCCGUUGAAUUAAUAUAUUUUUAAAAGUUUAUUAUAUUAAAAAAUAUUAAUAUUUUUUAUGACUUUGUGUUGUUGAGAUAUAAAUUAUCCAAAGCUUAUAGGUGUAUAACAAUCUUGCUAGAAUUAUAAUAAUAAUAGUAUUCAGAAGAGACUGGUUCAUUUAAAAAAAAAAAAAAACGAUACAUAAUAUUAUAGGGUGAAUGACAAUAAUGAUUAAAAUUAACUAUCUUACUAAUUAAAUAAAUUUUUUUGUAAAAUUGUUUAUUAAUAAUUUGAAUUUAUAUUGUUACAGUUGAUGAUGAUUCAUUGGCAGAAAUGCCCAAGUUAAAUGCAGCUAUUAAAGUUGAAGCAAAUGUAGACAAAUUAAGUGAAGAAAAAAACGCUCUAGUUGUAGAAGUUAAUGAUACACGAGAAGAAGAAACAAUAUUAUCUCCGGUGCCGAAACCUGCACCUGCGCUAAUAAUGCCAACUACACCAAAACCCUCUUCUAAAUCACCUUCACCUUUACCUAAACCUCAUAAAGUAAAACGCAAAGCGGAGGUCUUGUCCAAGGAAUCUGGUAAAGUUGGUGUCACCAUAACGACCAGUCCUCCUGUAUCUGAAUCAAAAGUGCCCAAAUUACAAUCUCCUACAAAUGUUAAUAACAACACAGGAAAUAGUAGUUUGCCAUUAGUACCAAUAGUUACCCAAGAUGGCGGAAGAACACCUAAAAGAAAAUCUUCUGAACAUGCACUUUCGACGGUUCUGACGAAUCCAAAUUCCCCAGUGCCAGAAAACCAACACCUGACCUUGACAGCAAUAUUACAAAGUACUCCAACUAGUGGUGUGAAGUCUAGGGAUACACUGGCUGCUGCAGCACCUAUUAGUUCUAGAACAUCUGGGGAACCGGCCAGGCCACAAGAAGAUGCUGCAACGGCAGUAACGCAGGGAGCUGGAGGUCAACACCAGGUACUAGAUACAGCGUCUGUUGCUGAAACUCCUACGCACCGUUUACAGUACAAGACAAUACUCGCAAACCCUGGACCUGAGUAUUGGCUUGCACGCAAUCCAGUAGUGGAUAAUGUUUUUAUCACCGAUGUAACAGUUAAUUUGAAUACUGUUACAAUUAGGGAGUGUAAAACAGAAAAGGGAUUUUUUAAGUCUAGUGUUGAAACAAGGCUUUAAUUUAAUAAUAAUGUUGAAAUUUUUUUUAAAUAAAAUUAUCCUAUGGUGUUAGAUAUAUUGUAGGAGCAAUAUUUUUCUUUAUUCAUAUUAGAUAGAUAUGGAAGUUAUUAGUUAAAUAUAAAAUAUAUUUUUGAAACUAUAUAUAUAUAUAUAUAUAUAUAUAUUACAUACAGGGUGAUUGAAGAAGCUGUGUUUCAAGUACUGAUAAUAUAUGUUGAAACAAUGAGUGGUAUUCAAGCCUAUGCGUUUGAAUGUUUUUUUUUUUAAUUUUGAUAUCAGUGUUAUCUCAAAUGAGAUUUUAAAUUUAAGAGACAUUUAAUUAAUUUUGUAUACUACUCAUUCAGUGUUGCAAUAUGAGGUUUAUUACGAUUAUUUUGUCAUGUUAAAAUUUUUAUACUUCUAAAUGUUAACUGUUUUUCUUAUCAAUAUUAUAGUUCUAAACAGAACUUAUAGGUCUUCCAUUUGGCCAACCACUAUUUCAGUGAUUAACCAAGCCAAUAAAUCACCCUGUAUAGUAAGUAUAAAAAGAACUUUGAAUGAGCUCUGUGUUAGCUACAUAAAAUUAUAUCUCGGGUUUUUUCCCUAAAAGUUGAUUUCUUUCAAAAUAAAAUGUAAUGAAUGUUUGUAUGUUUGUAUAACAAUAUUUCAAUUACAUUUGGACAUAAUUGCUUAAAUUAAGUACAAUCAAUUGAGCAUAAAUAAUUCUCCCUUCAAUUUUUUUAAGAGUCAAUUUAAAAUUUAACAGUAUUUAUAGAUUAAUAUCGUUAUAAUUACUAACAAUAUUUUAUGUAAUCUUGUUUUUAAGUUGUAAUUUUAAUACUGUAUCACAGUUCAAUAGUACGAUUUAAUGUUUUAUCGAUUUCCUCUAUUAGUUGAUUCUCAAAAAAAAAAAAUUGGUAUCAGAAUAAUUCGAAUGAUCUCUUGUUUUGUUUAAUUUAUAUUAUAUGUAUACCAAACAGGAUAAUUAGAAAUUCAUAUUACUUUAUACGCAUAAACAUCUAUAUUACAGACAAAUUUUAUUGCACUUCAAUACAAUUUCAGAUUACUUUUUUGUUUAAUGAAAUCUCACAUAUCGAAUGCAUUAUUUGGAGUUAACGAGCCAUUUCUGAAUAUUUUCACCCAUGAAAGAGUAACUAAAAUUAAUUUAAAAGUUGCAAUAUAUCAAGUAUUUGAUUCUUUUUGGGUCUCUUCAAAAUGUCAUCACGUACAAACUCUUUUUAAAAAUAUAAAAUUAUCAUGUAAAACAUAAUUUUUCUUGCAUUUAUGUGUGACAUUGUAACAUGAAUUUCUCAUCAUCCUAACUAAAAAAAAAAAAUUAUUUACCCGUUCAUGAAGAAAAUAUUGGCAAUGUAAACACAGUUGAAAAUGUAUAUUAUAUUGUUACUAUGGUCUAGUUUAUUUUUACAAAAAAUGUAUAGGGGAAUCAAAAUCAUAUUGGAUAGUCUGAAAUCAAAUACAAAAUUUAUGACAAAUAGAAAAUUAUUACCUUUAGGUGAAAAACCAAAAAAAAAGUAAAAGUCUUGUAUAUUUUUUCUUCUAGUUUAAAUACUAUUUAUGAUUAUUUAUAAGUGUUAUUUGUUGUUUAAACUAUGUUUCUCCUUCAUUGCUAUUCUCUUUACACUUAUUAAUUUAUUAUUUUACCCUAACUUUUUUUUUUUAACAUUAUUAUUUGUAUUAUUAUUAUUAUGAAUUAUUAUUAUUAUUAUUAUUAUUAUUAUUAUUAUUAUUAUUAUUAUUGCACUUUAAUUUCACAAUCAUUUGUAGCACUCCAAUAUUCAAAAAUUACAAAGUAGUUUUUUUUUUAAUUUGCUCUGUGAAUUGUGUCACAAUAUUACAACAAAAAUGAUAUUAUUGAAUUCCAUUAAAUCAUUUUGUAUUUGUGCAAAGGACAUUAAGUGCAUUACAUAUAUUGAGCAUUUCCUGGGCAAAUUAAAAAUUGUGUCUUUAAGUUAUAGGUCCUCCUCAUACAGAGCAAUAAUUGUCGUGUUUUAGUUGAUUAUUUAUUCAAUUAAGUUUCAAAUAUAACGAUUUACGUAAUUGCAUCACUGGUCGAGAUUUAUGUAGGUUUUAUUUUUUAAUAAUGAAACUUUGUUUCAUUUGUUUCGUUCAAGUUUUCACAUAAAAAAUAUUGUGUCCCGAUAAUAGUUUUCAGUUCUAUUCAUUUUUUUAUCAUAUGAUGACAUGACUCAUUUUUAUUUGUUUGAUUAUUUGCGUAUACGAAAAACAGCCCUCCCUUUUCCAAAAAAAUAUAUAAAUAAUAUCAAAAACUCGUAAUAAUAAUUUUCAAUAUGUAUUUCAACACCCAUCUCUAGUCAUGGCCGGUCUUUUCUUAUGGAUAAUAAAUGUAUUUGUUUUUUUUUUCUUUAUGGAAAUUAACGUUUUAUUGUUAUUAUUGUGAAUUUGAUGUGAAAGUAUUUUAAUAUUACAGGACACGAAAAUAUGAUAAUAUUGUAAGUGGCAUAUUUUUAUGUUACAAUAUUUUACAUUGUAGGAGUUUUACUGUAUAAUAUAUAUAUAGUUAUGUACGUGCCUUUGUAAUAAAUGUCGAGGAUGUUUAAAUGUUA